AUGACAACGGGCAAUUAUGCCGUCAAUAAACCAGACACCAUACCCAACUAUAGACUCAAGUUAGAUUCCCUGGCAAGGCCUUCCUCCUCAGAACUGCAGCAACUACAGCAACGUCAACUUGCAUCUACCUAUUUUAGUCAUGACGAUCCUGCUGCAUUUGCCUACUUUCAACAAGAACUGCUGUCACCUCGCUUACAGCAAGCCUUGCUGAAUCAAGCUGCCACAGUAUCUGAUGUGAAUAAUGCCAAUUACAUGUCUCUACAGCAGCAACAACAACUACUGCAAAAUCAGCAUCAACAAGAUCAAUUGCAUCAUCAACUACUAUUACAUCAGCAACAGCAACAGCAACAGCAACAACAACAACAACAGCAGCAUUUUCAUCAGUUACAAACCCAUCAUACACUGCAGCAACAGCAGCAGCAACAGCAACAACAGCAGCAGCAUUUACAACAGCAUAGUCAUUCUCAAAAGCAAUUCAUUCCAUCCAUCAUGGUUCCUCCUCAAUCGCCUACAUUAUCAAGUUAUUAUUUCGAAAAUGGCUGGGUCAAUCACUAUUACGAUCCAAAGCGUAGACAGUAUUUAUCAAGUAGAGUGGAUCCAGAUUAUCAGCAGAGCUUCUCAAAGAGACAAGAUUUGGACAUGUUGCAGCAACAGCAACAGCAACAGCAACAGCAAUAUGUCUAUCCGCGAGGUAACAAGCGAUCUUAUUCAACUGCAUCAAAUCAAAACGAACCCACACUUGUUUUAUCAAAUCAUCAACAUCAUACAACCAGCAACACACAAAGCAGCUAUCUCACUGCUGCUGCUGCCGCUGCUUCUGCUGCUGCUGCCGUAGCCGCAGUGUCCUCCACCUCGCAACAACCCAUCAUACCAUCCCAGUUAUUGCAAUCACCUCAUGCUACUACUACCAGUGCGGAUGAAUGGCGUGAAAGCUUAUUGCAAUAUGCACACAACCUGUAUUCCACUUCACCACAAAACCCAUAUCUGUUACCACUGCUUCAUGCACUCCACGAUGCUUACCCAACUCAUUUACCAACACUGCUUCUACUGGCAUGUGUCUAUUAUUCCUAUCAAGACUAUCAAUCCUCACUCAAAUACAACCAUCUUAUUCUGAAAUAUGAUGCCAACUAUGUGGAAGCCAUGAGUAAUAUUGGUACCACAUUACGAAGCAUUGGAAAAACGACAGAUGCGGAAAGAUGGUGGUAUCAAGCAGUUAAAUUACGGCCUGGGUAUUGGGAUGCUGUCGAGAAUUUGGUGGGUGUGCUAUGCGCUAAAAAUGAAGACGCCAACAAGGACGAUCUACCACCACGCUACAAGGAAGCACUGGGUGUGUGCGAGUUUGUGGAAAAGUUCUUUUUCAAGCAGCAACCUACUAUCCUCAAACAACCUCUUCAGUUGCCUAUGCAUCAACUGGCUCGUUUACAGAAUCUGUUUUACGCAAAGGGUAACCUCAAAUAUGCUCUGGGCGAUAUUCAAGGGGCACAAAGGGAGUAUGAAAAAGGUUUAGAACUAGCCUUUGGGGGUAUAGAUCUGUUAUCUAUCUGUAACUUGAUUGUGUAUGCGUGCAAUUCUGCCACAACCGCGGGGACAACGCCUGCAGUCGUCAAUACUAACGCAGAGGUGCCUCUGGUACUGUUACAGCCUGAUCAAGCUGUUCGUAUCCUGCAAAUUGUGUUUCCUCGUUCUGGCGGUGUGCUGCCCAGCCUCGUCAAUGUCAGUAAUGCCACAUCCAGCAACACAGAGUCCGUGUCCACCAUCCAGCAGACAAAUCAAACGACAUCGACCAUCUUGCUAACAUUGUCCAAGCUGUUUCAAGAUUUGAUGAACCCCACCACACCUGAAUUGGUGGCUGCUGCUGCUCAUGUCAAACAGCCAUCCUUGUCUAUACUAUUGCCUCUGUAUUACCUCAGUUUGGCGCUUCAUCCCAGUCCAUCCACUGCAAACAAUUUGGGUAUCAUCUUGAGCAACAUCCCUAUCGCUGUAGCCAACGCUGCUGUCAAACUACCCACUGUUCAACAAGCCGCACCACUGACGGGCACCAUGUUGGCUAUGCAAUACUACAUGUACGGUCUGCAAUUGGAUCCUCAACAUCCUCAUCUGUACACUAAUCUGGGCUCUCUGCUCAAGGAUAUGGGCCAUCUUAACGAAGCUGUCAGCAUGUAUGAAAAGGCAGUGGAAUACAAUCCUCGCUUUGACGUCGCUCUGGCCAAUCUAGGUAACGCUAUCAAGGAUCUGGGUCGCGUGCAGGAUUCGGUGCAAUGGUACCGUCGUGCAGUGGAAGUCAAUCCCAACUUUGUGGAUGCUGUUUGCGGGCUAGUUAACUCGCUGAGUGGUGUGUGUGAUUGGCGUGGUCGCGGCGGUGUUGGUAAUGAGGCCAGCGUAGAUCAGUAUGGCCACUAUUUCCCUCCCACCGGCAAUGCCAAUGCAAAGAGCGGCUGGAUCGGCCAUGUAGUGGAUAUCGUUGAAAAGCAACUGGACGAAGGUGCAAUUUGGGGUGCUGGUAUUCUCAAGAUGCUUUGUGGUACUGAAUCAGUUGGACAACGCUUGAUUAAGCACAUGAUGGAUUGCACUGGCACACAACACAAGGCGGAUGUCUGGAAAUCUCGACUGGCUUUUUAUGCAUCCAACAACGAUAAGCUCAAGAGGGAUGAAGGCGGUUGGGUGAUUCGCAUGAUUGAACGCAUUAUGAGACGAUUGCAGCACAAAUGGUACAUUGAAACAUACGCCAAGGGCAGCAACAACAACCACAAAGGACGAAUUGUUGUGACACCAGAACUCGCCGAAAAGUACGCUAGACCUUUGAUCCCAAGCAGCUUAGCGAGUCCUCCUGUUCCCACCGUCCUGCCAUUCCAUACAUUCACCUAUCCGCUUACUGCUCGUCAAAUCCGACUGAUUUCGCACCGCAAUGCACUUCGCAUCUCUCAUACAUCACUGAGCUCUACCUGGGUGUCUCCUCACGUGUAUCCGCCUCCUCCUCCACCUUCUCCACGGCUUAAACUGGGCUACGUUUCUUCCGACUUUAACAACCAUCCACUCUCUCAUCUAAUGCAAUCCGUAUUUGGAUUUCAUGACAGAAUCAAGUACGAAGUGUAUUGCUAUGCUACCACACCCAGCGACAACUCACCGUACCGUCAAAAGAUUGAGCGAGAAUCGGAACACUUUUUGGAUGUCUCUUCCUGGUCGAAUCAGCAAAUUGUAGAAAAGGUGAUUUCGGACGGGAUCCAUAUUCUGAUCAACUUGAAUGGCUAUACCAAAGGCGCUCGAAACGAAAUCUUUGCUGCAAGACCGUGUCCUGUGCAAUGCUCAUUUAUGGGGUUUGCAGGUACAUUAGGUGGUGGCUGGUGCGACUGGAUCAUUGCCGAUCCCAUCGUUUGUCCUCCUGAAAUGGUCAGUGGUGAGAUUUGGCGUCAACGUGGCUCUAUUCAAAAUGCUGCCAAUGGUGAUUUCGAAGGUGACAUCGACCCUGAAGAUGCGGCUCAAGAUGACUUUGUGUACACUGAAAAGUUCAUCUACAUGCCUCAUUCGUAUUUCGUCAAUGAUCACAAGCAGGGAUUCAGAGACGACCAUCACGAUCAAGCGCUCAUGUUACAUAACGUUCAAGCCAAUGAAGACUCGAUCUGGGCUGUGGAAGAGGAGAAGCGAUGGAAGAUGCGCCAUGAGGUGUUUCCAAACCUACCGGAUGAUGUAGUGGUGUUUGCCAACUUUAACCAGCUGUACAAAUUGGAACCUGGCACAUUCCGUAUGUGGCUUCGUAUUCUGGAACGCGUGCCCAACUCGAUUCUCUGGUUGUUGCGGUUUCCUCCUGCUGGUGAGCAGCAUCUGAAGCGUUGCGCACUCGAAUGGGCUGGACCACAAGUAGCACACCGAGUCAUCUUUACGGACGUCGCACCCAAACAUGUCCACAUCCAUCGAGGAAGAGUAGCCGACAUCUUUUUGGACACGCCUGAAUGCAAUGCUCAUACGACAGCAGCUGAUAUCCUAUGGUCUGGCACUCCCAUUGUCACUUAUCCCAAAUACAUGCACAAGAUGUGUUCUCGCGUGGGGGCAAGUAUUGCCAUGGCAACCGGCUUUGGUGAUGAAAUGGUCGUCAUGAACGAAAAGCAGUAUGAAGACAAAGCAGUGGAAUUAGCUGGCAGCCUGUAUUACUCUUACGAAACAUCACAGCUUGGCUCUGUAUCACGCCGUGGCCAUGGAUCUUUGAUGGAGUUGCGCAAAAAACUGUUCUUGUCGAGAGAACAAAGUCGCCUAUUUGACACACUACGUUGGACUCAAAAUCUCGAGAGAGGCUACUCUGAAGCUUGGAAACGCUGGGUCAGUGGUGAAGAAUUUGAAGAUAUUCCACCUGUCACCACCAAGUCUGGUUGCAUUUGGGUCAAAGAUCCUGAUGAUGAUGUUGCUGCUGCUUGA